AUGUCGGGCCAAAACCCAUCGGCGCCUAAGAUUACCCUGGACACAUCGAACCUGUCUGAUCCCGGACAUCCUGAAGAGGUAUCACCGACCUCAACUGCACCAGGUCAUAAAAGAGGUCACAGCAUGUCCACGCCGCCCCAGACAGCCGUCGAUGAAGGCUUAUAUCUGUCUCCCACCUCUCCUGAGCGCAAGCACGCCUUUGAUGGAUCGACAUUGAAUUCGAGGUCAGGGUCCAUCCAGUCUGGCGACGCAGCGACCCGAUAUCGAUCAAACUCAGGCAUCUCGGCGACUUCCAGCGCCACUGUGUAUUCAAAGUCGAGUCUUGACUACGAACCUCCCGAAGAGGCCUUGAAGCCCGAUCAAGGGAAUGAAAAGGACUUCCAGGUUCAGGACAACCCUUUCGCUUUCUCUCCGGGCCAGCUCAACAAACUACUAAACCCGAAAUCGCUCUCCGCCUUCAAGGCUCUGGGCGGACUGAGAGGCCUGGAGAAGGGACUGCGUACCAGCAUCACGGCUGGGCUCUCCAUAGAUGAAACUCGUCUCGAAGGACAAGUCCCAUUCGACGAAGCCGCAGCUGGAGGUUCAGCCAAGGCUUUUUCAGAUGUUGCUUUGAGCCGACAGACGUCAGUCGCCACACCAGCGGGACCAGACGCGAAAGAACCCUUUGUCGACCGGCUUCGUGUGUUCGGAGACAAUCGUCUCCCUGAACGAAAACCCGCUGGGAUCUUGGUGCUGAUCUGGAGGGCUUACAACGACAAGAUUCUCAUUCUGCUCACCAUCGCCGCCGUCAUCUCAUUGGCUCUUGGGAUUUAUGAAACUGUUUCCGGGGAAUCGGGUGUUGACUGGGUGGAAGGUGUUGCCAUCUGUGUCGCCAUCAUUAUCGUUGUGACCGUAGGGGCGGUCAACGACUGGCAAAAAGAGCGACAGUUUGUGAAGCUCAACAAGCGGAAAGACGAUCGAGAAGUCAAGGUCAUCCGAUCCGGAAAAUCAAUCCAGGUCUCCGUCCACGAUAUCACGGCUGGAGACGUUCUUCACCUCGAGCCAGGCGAUGCUAUUCCAGCCGACGGCAUCUUCAUUGCUGGACAUGGAGUCAAAUGCGACGAGUCUUCCGCAACCGGCGAAUCCGAUCAGAUGAAGAAGACUCCCGGCGAUGAAGUCUGGCAACGGAUCCAAGACGGCACUGCCACCGCCAAAUUGGAUCCUUUCAUCAUCAGCGGCUCCAAAGUCCUCGAAGGUGUCGGGACAUAUCUCGUGACUAGCGUCGGCGUGAACAGCUCCUACGGCAAGAUCUUGAUGAGUCUGCAAACCGACAACGAGCCUACACCAUUACAAGUCAAACUUGGCAGACUGGCCAAUUGGAUUGGCGGUCUCGGCUCAUUCGCCGCUGGAUUGCUCUUUAUGAUCCUGUUGAUCAAGUUCCUUGCUAACCUGCCCGGAGACUCCCGCCCUGGCGCUGAGAAGGCCCAAGAGUUCUUGGACAUCUUGAUUGUUGCCAUCACUGUCAUCGUGGUCGCCGUUCCGGAGGGCCUUCCGUUGGCAGUGACUUUGGCGUUGGCAUUUGCCACAACGAGGAUGUUGAAAGAGAACAAUCUUGUCCGGGUCCUCCGGGCUUGUGAGACCAUGGGAAAUGCGACAACCAUCUGCUCUGACAAGACUGGCACUUUGACUCAGAACAAAAUGACUGUGGUUGCAGGAGCUGUGGGCCCGAAUGAGAAGUUCGCCUCGUCUCGUUCAGAUGAAAACUCGAAUGUCUCUCCUCCGGCCACCAUGUUCGGCAAGCUCAGUGCCGAGAUCAAGGACCUGCUUCGACUCUCCAUCACCUUGAACAGCACGGCUUUCGAAGGCGAAGAAAAGGGAGUCCCCAGUUUCAUUGGAUCCAAGACCGAAGUGGCGUUGCUCACCCUUGCCAAAGAACACCUCGGGCUGGACAAUCUCGCAGCUGAGCGGUCAAGCUACAAGAUCAAGCAGCUGAUCCCCUUUGAUUCUGCCAGGAAAUGCAUGGGCAUUGUGGUCAAGAUCGACGGUGGCUACCGACUAUUUGUCAAGGGCGCUGCUGAGAUCAUGCUUGCUCAUGCCACCAAGGCCAUCUCGAACGUCUACGACAAACAUUACGAAGUGGUUGAUCUGACAGAAGACGACAUCGAGAACGUUGCCGCCACCAUUGAAGAAUAUGCCCAGCACUCUCUCCGCACCAUUGGCAUGCUGUAUAAGGACUAUCCGACGUGGCCUCCUGCUGGAGCCAAAGUCCUGGAGGAAGAUCCCAAGCUGGCCGAUUUCGACGAUCUCUUCCACGACAUGACUUGGGUCGGGGUUGUCGGUAUUCAUGACCCGCUCAGAGAAGGUGUCGUUGAAGCCGUGGCGCAGUGUCAGCAGUCCGGCGUUGUGGUUCGCAUGGUCACCGGCGACAACGUCACGACCGCUCGGGCCAUUGCCAGCGACUGUGGUAUCCUCCACAAAGACGAAGAGUGUGUUGUCAUGGAAGGCCCGAAAUUCCGACAACUCUCGCCUGAACAGAUGGACGAGGUCCUUCCAAGACUUCGCGUUCUGGCUCGUUCGUCACCCGAGGACAAGCGCAUCCUUGUGGGCCGGCUAAAACACCUGGGCGAAACGGUUGCAGUGACCGGCGAUGGCACCAACGAUGGGCCAGCCCUGAAAUUGGCCGACGUCGGCUUUAGUAUGGGCAUUGCCGGCACAGAGGUGGCCAAGGAAGCAUCCUCCAUCAUUCUCCUCGACGACAACUUCUCCUCAAUCAUCACAGCGCUCAUGUGGGGACGCGCUGUCAACGACGCGGUCAAGAAAUUCUUACAGUUUCAGAUCACCGUCAACAUCACAGCUGUGAUAUUGACCUUUGUCUCAGCCGUCUCCAACGACAGCAACCACUCGGUUCUUACCGCCGUGCAGCUUCUCUGGGUCAAUCUCAUCAUGGAUACCCUGGCCGCGUUGGCUCUUGCGACCGAUGCCCCGACCAAGAAGAUCCUCGAUCGCCCACCACAGCCCAAAUCCCAGCCUCUGAUCACAAUCAACAUGUGGAAGAUGAUCACAGGUCAAGCAAUCUACCAACUCAUCGUCACGUUCACGCUGUAUUUUGCCGGAAUGACCAUUCUAGACUACGACGAGAGCCACCGCACCGAACUCAACACCAUCGUCUUCAACUCGUUCGUGUGGAUGCAGAUUUUCAACGAACUCAAUAACCGCCGCCUGGACAAUAAGUUCAACAUCUUCGAGGGCAUCCAUCGCAAUUUCUGGUUCAUAGGCAUCAACUGUAUCAUGGUCGGUGGGCAGAUCAUGAUCGUCUUCAUUGGCGGCCGUGCCUUCAGUAUUACCCGGCUUGACGGCACCCAGUGGGCCAUUUCGCUGCUCACGGCUCUACCUUGUCUGCUGUGGGGUGUCUUGGUCAGAUGUUUUCCUGACGCAUGGUUCGGUGUGGUCUUCACCGCUUGUGUGCAUGGCGUCGCGGUUGUUCUUCGUCCGAUCUGGAAGGGUCUGCACUUCAUCUUCCAUCCCCUUGCACAGGGAUUCCGUGCCAUAUCGCGUCUCGUGCGCAGAAUGAUUGGAAAGCCGGCCUCUAAUGCUGAUGAUGAUGACGAUGACCGUACUCAGAGUGACGAUGAGGAGCGCCUGUCGAUCAAAAUGACUGGCAAGAAAGCCAGCACUGUCGACGAAGAGGCUGCUAUCUCUGGCAUGGGGGCUUCCACGACCAAGGAAGCUGCGAAAGUCUCGAAUCCUCACGCAGACUCUCCGACCGCUCCAGCCUCGAAUACUGUGCCUGUACCAUCGGUCUCUGUCACGGGGCCUAGCUGA